GGAGAGAUACGAAGCAGAUCCAGUGUGGGAGAGAGAGAGAGAGAGAGAGAGAGAGAGAGAAAGGGAAGCGGCGAGGGGAACGAAAGCGGCUGCCUGGUGGUGGUAGAUGGAGCAGCGGAGAGGAGGCAAGUCCACGUAUUACCAUGCCGAGAUUUGGACUACAUAAACUACAUGCAAAGCCUCCAAAUAUACGAGAAUAAUAAUAGAAGAGGUGGUUCUGUGAAGAUCACGGUACGAUAAUGGGGAAGCGCUUGGUUUCACUGCUUGGGCUGCUCCUGCAGCUCCUCUGUGGCUGCGCAGGGAACCAACGGAUGACGAGGGCCGCCUCCAUGCAGUUCACUCUCUCUGUUUACAACGCCACCAUAUAUGAGAACUCUGCUGCUAAGACUUACUUAGAGAGUCACACCAAGAUGGGGAUCUAUAUCGCAGACCCCACCUGGGAGAUACGGUACAAAAUCAUCUCUGGGGACAAUGAGAACUUAUUCAAAGCAGAGGACUACCUGCUGGGAGAUUUCAGUUUUUUGCGAAUAAGGACCAAAGGAGGCAGCACCGCCAUUCUGAACCGGGAGGUUAAAGACCACUACAUGCUGACUGUUAAAGCUUUGGAGAGGAACACCGAUUUUGAGUGUCGCACUAAAGUUAAGGUGCAGGUACACGACACCAAUGAUCUGAGGCCUCUGUUCUCGCCGACGUCUUACAGCAUCUCUCUGCCAGAGAACACGGCCAUACGCAUGAGCGUGGCCAAAGUCACUGCAACUGAUGCAGAUAUCGGUACCAACGGAGAAUACUACUAUAGUUUCAGGGAGUGGACGGACAUGUUCGCAGUUCACCCAACGAGCGGCGUAGUGACACUCACUGGCAAGCUAGACUACUCUGAGACGAAGCUGUACGAGUUGGAGAUACUGGCAGUAGACCGAGGAAUGAAGCUGUACGGCAGCAGCGGCUUCAGUAGCAUGGCCAAACUCGCAGUGAGGGUGGAGCAGGCCAACGAGCAUGCGCCUGUAAUCACCGCCGUGACCCUGGCCCCCUCAGGUGCAGACCACGACCCCACCUAUGCCAUUGUGACAGUGGAGGACAGUGACCAUGGACCAAAUGGGGAGAUAGCGUCACUGAGUAUUGUUGCCGGCGACCCCCUUCAGCAGUUCAAGGCCGUGAGAAGCAGCCCCGGGAGCAAAGAGUAUAAAAUAAAAGCGGUCAAGGAUGUAGACUGGGACAGCCAGCCUUUUGGAUACAACCUCACUUUACAGGCAAAGGACAAAGGCAGCCCCCCUCAAUUUUCAUCCGUUAAAUUGGUACAUGUCACGUCUGCUCAGUUCAAAGUGGGCCCGCCUAUAUUUGAAAAGGCAGUUUACAGAGUCAAUCUGAGUGAAUUUGCCCCUCUUCUGACACCUGUCACUAUGGUAACAGCCUUGCCAAAGUAUCCACAACUAAAGUAUGCCUUUAGACACAAGUCUGACAAGAACAGAUUCACAAUCAAUCCAGAUACGGGCUUAAUCAGCACUGCCGGACCAAUCAAUGCUGAUUUUGCACCCCGGUUUGAGCUGGACGUGAUCACGACUGACAAAAAAGCAGCAACAAAAGUGAUCGUUGAUGUGAUUGACGUGAAUAACAAUGCGCCCGAGUUCCAGCAGACGUCUUACAAGGCCAGUGUUGAUGAGAAUGUACCCGUAGGGAGCAGCGUAGCAACGGUUACAGCCACUGAUCUGGACAGUGGCGAGAAUGGCUACGUUACUUACAGUAUUACCAAUAUGACCCCUCAGCCGUUUGUCAUCGACUAUUUCUCCGGUGUCAUUAGCACCUUAGAGGUCCUCAAUUAUGAGCUCAUGCCAAGGAUUUAUAAUCUCAAAGUCAGGGCGUCCGAUUGGGGAUCCCCUUACCGGAGAGAGGUGGAGGCAUCCGUGACCAUAACAUUAAACAACCUGAAUGACAAUAAGCCCUUGUUUGAGAACGUAGACUGUGAAGUGACCGUGCCAAGAGAUCACGGCGAGGAAGAGCAGAUAACCACCGUGUCCGCCAUAGACGCCGAUGAGCUGCAGCUGGUGCGGUACCACAUUAAAGCCGGGAAUGAGCUGGAUCUGUUUGAACUGAACCCGAACUCCGGCGUGCUGUCACUGAAGAAAACGCUGAGCGAGGGAGAGGCGGCUAAAGUGUCUGUUCACAGCUUACAAGUCAUCGCGACGGACGGCGAACACGAGACCCGGCCGAUGUUCAUGAACAUAACUGUCAUCACGGCGCGCAAGCCGGUCCAGAUAAAAUGUGUCGAGACUGGCGUCGCCACCAUGUUGGCUGAAAAGCUGCUUCAGGGCAGCCGAAUCCACAUGCAAACCGAGCCGGACGACAACUUAAUGGAAUUUCACUCGGUCAACCGUUACACUCCUCAGUUUGCGGAGUCUUUCCCCAGCGUUGUUGACGUGAAAGAGGACCUGCCCGUUGGGGCCCGGAUUGUCCAUUUAAGCGCCACAGACUUAGACAGCGCCUUCAAUGGCAAACUAGUGUACGUUAUUUCAGGAGGAGACACGGAAAGCCGCUUCAUAAUAGAAAUGGAAACCGGUUGGCUUUUAGUGUAUUCUCCUCUUGACAGGGAAACAACAGACCAGUUCACCCUCAACAUUACAGUGUAUGAUCUUGGCAUACCACAGAAAUCCUCAUCACGCCUCUUGGGCGUUAAGAUUCUAGACGCCAACGAUAACAGCCCUCAAUUUUUGCAAGAUUCGUAUUCAGUCGAAAUAAGUGAGGGCACGCCGGUCGGGACGGAAAUCAUCCAGGUGGAUUCAACAGACCGAGAUCAAGGAGAUAACGGAGUCGUGAAGUAUUCAAUUUUGGGGGGCACAGAUCAUUUCGCCAUUCACCAGGAGACCGGCGUGGUGACCGUAACAAGGCCGCUGGACCGCGAGCUCCAUCCCGUUUACGUCUUGAAGAUCGCGGCGCGCGACCAAGCAGCGAACGAGCCCCAGUUGGUGUCCACAGUGCCGCUCAAAAUCACCCUGGAAGAUGUGAACGAUAACCCACCGAAAUUCGUACCCCCUAAUUACCGCGUGAAGGCGAGGGAAGACCUUCCCAUCGGUACUGUUAUUAUGUGGCUGGAGGCCCACGACCCCGACACCGGGCCUUCCAGUCAGGUGCGAUACAGCCUCAUCGACAACGGGGACGGGAAUUUUGAAGUAGACAAACUCAGCGGUGCCGUGCGGAUCGUGCACAAUCUCGAUUACGAGACGAAGCAGGUGUACAACCUGACGGCCAAAGCGAAAGACAAAGGGAAGCCCGUGUCCCUGUCGUCGACCUGUUUCAUUGAGGUGGACGUGGUGGAUGUGAACGAGAAUCUCAACCGACCUUCGUUCAGAUCGUUUGUGGAAAAGGGAUUUAUAAAAGAGGACGCACUUGUCGGGACUUCGGUGAUGACCGUAUCUGCUGAGGAUGAAGACAAAGAACACGAUGGAGAGAUUCGUUACUCCAUUCGAGAAGGAUCCGGCCUGGGGAUAUUUACCAUCGAUGAGGAAACUGGCAUCAUCCAAACACAAGAGCUGCUGGACCACGAGACAACGCCACACUACUGGCUCACCGUCUACGCGAUGGAUCGCGGCGUGGUGCCGCUCUCCGCCUUCGUCGAGGUCUACAUCCAAGUGCAGGACGUCAACGACAAUGCGCCGCAAACCUCGGAACCUGUCUACUACCCGUCCGUCGUGGAGAACUCCCCGAAAGACGUGUCGAUCAUCCAGAUUAAUGCGGUCGAUCCAGACGCCAAGGCCAGCGAUAAACUCACCUACAGGAUCACCAGCGGCAAUCCCCAGGGCUUCUUCGCCGUUACCGCCAGGACAGGUCUGGUUACAACCACCUCACGAAAACUGGACAGGGAGCAACAGGAUGAGCACAUUCUUGAGAUCACAGUCACGGACCACGGCGUUCCUGCCAAAUCCACCACGGUCCGCGUCCUCGUGCGAGUCCUCGACGAGAACGACAACAGGCCGUUGUUCCUGGAGAAGAUCUACAAGAUCAAGCUCCCGGAGAGGGAGAGGCCGGAGAACGAGAGGGCGGCGAAGAGAGACACGGUUUACCGGGUCAUCGCAUCCGACCGGGACGAUGGACCCAACGCCGAGAUCUCCUACAGCAUCGAGGAUGGCGAUGAAAACGGGAAGUUCUUCAUCGAGCCAAAAACCGGACUGGUGUCCUCAAAGAAGUUCUCGUCCGCCGGAAUAUACGACAUCCUCACGAUUAAAGCCGUCGACAAUGGACGUCCUCAGAAGUCCUCCACUUGCCGUCUGCAUAUCGAGUGGAUUCCCAAACCAAAAUUGCCGGCCGAUGCGGCUCCCAUGCUUUUCGAGGAGUCCCCAUUCACCUUUUCUGUGAUGGAAAGCGACCCCGUGGCGCACAUGGUGGGGGUCAUCGCCACAGAGUCCUCUGAUGUCCCCGUGUGGUUUGAAAUCGCAGGUGGUAAUUAUGACAGCCGCUUUGACGUGGGCAAGGCCAGCGGAACCUUGAUUGUUGCGCGGCCCCUGGAUGCCGAGCAGAAAUCAAAUUACAACCUGACGGUGGAAGCCACAGAUGGGACACGAACUGUCAGCACCCAGGUGCUCAUCCGUGUCAUUGACACCAACAACCACCGGCCACAGUUCUCUCAGCAGGUGUACGAGGUGAACGUCCCCGAAGACAAGCCAUCGGGGACCGAGGUCUUGCGGGUCAGCGCCGCGGACCGAGACGAGAAGAACAAACUGACCUUUACACUCCUGAGCAGCACCGAUCCCUUCAGCCUGAGGAAGUUUCGACUCGACCCGGGAACAGGCACGCUGUACACCGCUGAGCGGCUGGAUCAUGAGACGAUGCAUCGUCACAUCCUCACCGUCAUGGUUCGAGACCAGGACAUUCCAGUAAAGAGGAACCUUGUGCGUGUUAUUGUCAACGUGGACGACACCAAUGACAACGCACCGUGGUUCAUAGGUCCUCCUUACACCGGACGUGUGUUUGAGUCCGCAGCCGUGGGCGCGGCUGUGCUCCAGGUCACAGCUCUUGAUAAAGACAAAGGCUCUAACGCGGAGAUAGUCUACAGCAUUGAAUCAGGAAAUGUUGCAAACUCCUUUGCCAUCGACUCUGUCCUUGGGACGAUCACAGUAGCCAAAGAGCUUGAUCGCAGCAGCAAGAACACGUUUGAACUCACUGUGAAGGCUUCUGAUAGCGGAGUACCGCCGUUGUCAACGACAGCCACUGUACACAUUGUGGUUACAGUUUCUGACAAUGCCGCCCCCAGAUUCACCGAAAAAGAGUUCUCUGCAGAAGUCAGUGAAUCGGUCCAUCCAGGAAGUUUGGUGAGCUUGGUCACAGCCAACAGCCAGUCGUCCAUUUUCUAUCAAAUAAAAGGUGGCAACAUCAACAACGCAUUUGACAUCAACCCCAACUCAGGAGUGGUUGUGACCCAGAAAGCUUUAGAUUAUGAGGCCACCUCUCAAUACAAGCUCAUCGUACAGGGCACCAACAUGGCGGGACUUGCCAGCAACGCAACUCUUCUGAUUCACCUCAAGGAUGAAAAUGACAACCCUCCGGUAUUCCUGCAGAGAGAAUUCAAAGGGGUAAUCAGCGAAUCGGCCCCCGUCAACAGUGUUGUUCUUACUCGUGAAAACACCCCUUUUGUCAUUCGGGCCUCUGAUGCCGAUUGCGACCAGAAUGCCAUGCUCAUCUACCAAAUUGUCGAACCUUUUGCUCAUAACUAUUUCGCCAUCGACUCGAGCACCGGAGCCGUCAGAAUCACGACGCCUUUCGAUUACGAACAGAGGAGCGUUUUCCGCUUCACAGUCCAGGUCCAUGAUCUAGGAAUGCCACGUCUGUUUGCGGAGACGCCAGCCAACGUGACCAUUGAAGUAAUUGAUGUUAAUGACUGUCCGCCCGUUUUUAGCCAAGAACUGUAUGAUACAACCGUCGUAGUGCCAACAUACAAAGCGGUGGAAGUCGUUAAAGUCAAUGCAACAGACUCGGAUUCUGGGCCUAACUCCAAACUUCUCUUCUCCAUCUCUGAGGGAAAUAUUGGUGAUAAAUUUAAAAUUGAUCCAAUCACGGGCAUCAUUUCUAUUCAGAAUGUCACACAGCUCAGGAGUAGAUAUGAACUAAAGGUUAGAGUGUCUGACGGUAGAUUUGCCGCUGUUGCCACAGUAAAGAUCAAUGUGAAGGAAAACAAGGAGAGUAAACUAAAGUUCACCAAGGAGUCCUACAAAGCCUCCGUUCGAGAAAACCUUUCCGAGAAGAAAACACUGGCAGUCAUUGCUGCUGUUGGAAACCAGGUGAACGAGCCCUUGUUUUACAAAAUCUUGAACCCUGACAGCAGAUUUGAAAUCAGCCACACAUCUGGAGUAAUCUCAACCACUGGGACUCCAUUUGAUCGAGAGGCACAGGACACAUUUGAUAUCGUCGUCGAGGUCACCAGAGAGGACACAUCUGAAGAUGGGGCUCAUGUUCUCGUUACUGUGACAGUGGAAGAUGAAAAUGACAACAAACCUAUGUUUGUGAACCUUCCCUAUCACGCCCUGGUCCAGAUGGAUGCAGAGGAGGGCCAGGUCAUCCGACAAGUCACGGCAGUGGACAAAGACAUUGGCCCGAAUGCAGAUAUCCAUUAUGAUCUAAAGGACCACCAGGGGCACUUUCGAAUUACCCCCUCUGGUGAAAUCUCCCUCAAAAAGAAAUUUGAGAAGGAUUCGCUCAACACCGACUUUGUAGUCGUUGUUGUGGCAAAGGAUAAUGGAGAGGCAGCACUCUCAGCCGAAGUAGAAGUUCCAAUAACAGUUGUGAACAAAGCAAUGCCUGUGUUUGAGAAGCCUUUUUACAGCAUUGAAAUCCCUGAAAACAUCCAGUUACACACACCGGUUCUCCAUGUCCAGGCCAACGAUUCUGAAGGCCCUCGUAUCGUGUACACCAUCUCAGAGGGAGAUCCUUUCAAACAGUUCUCAAUUGAUUUCAACACGGGUGUAAUUCAUGUGAUUCAGCCUCUGGACUUUGAGACCCAUCCUGCCUAUAAGUUAAACGUAAGAGCCACAGACUCUCUGACUGGAGCUCACUCUGAAGUGUUUGUUGAUAUCAUUCUGGAGGAUGUAAAUGACAACGCACCUGUGUUCCUGUCAAAGGCCUACUAUGCCAAUAUUUCAGAGGCCUCUGUCAUCGGUACCUCCAUUUUGCAAGUUGAUGCCAAAGAUUCUGAUACUGCCAAUAACCAAGAAGUAUUCUUUCAGCUGGUUGAAGAGAAGGGAAAGAGUAUGUUCACCGUUGACCGUGACACAGGAAUAAUCUCGACGGCUCAAGUUCUUGAUCAUGAGGAGAUCCAGCAGCACAAGUUGAGAGUCCGGGUUGUGGACGGAGGCGUUCCAUCCCUGUCUAGUGAUGUCACUGUGACGAUAGACGUUACCGACCUCAACGACAACGCCCCAAUGUUUACAGAGCACACUUAUAAGACUACUAUUAGUGAACUGGCCCCACGUGGACACUUCAUCACCCAAGUCCAGGCAUCUGACGCUGACAGCUCAGACUCCAAUAAAUUGGAGUUCUCCAUAAUAUUCGGCAACGACGAUCAGAACUUUUCCAUCGACAAACACACAGGCGCCAUUGCCAUUUCCAACCACCGCAGGCCGCAUAUGCAGCCUCUUUACCACCUAAAUGUAUCAGUAUCAGACGGUGUGUUCAGAAGCUCAGCCCUCGUCAUGGUAACAGUUACUGGUGCCAACUUCCACAACCCCACCUUCUCUCAGGUGGACUACGUGGUAGAGCUAGUUGAAAACUCACCCAUUGGGACCUUGGUAGCGGAAGCAAAGGCGACAGAUGACGACGAAGGCAUUUACGGGCAAAUAACAUACCUAAUUGUCAAUGACUUUGCAAAAGACAAGUUUUCUGUCAAUGAAGACGGAGAGAUUUUAACCCUUGAGAGCCUUGAUCGAGAAAAUACCAUCGAAAAAGUAAUUCCUAUUUCUCUCAUAGCUAGAGACGGCGGUGGAAAAGUAGGUUUUUCUGUAGUCAAUGUCAUUCUCACAGACGUCAAUGACAAUGCCCCACAAUUCAGGGCAGCGGACUACAAAGCCACCAUUUCAUCAGACGUCCCAAGGGGAACCUCUGUGAUUAAAAUUGCUGCAUCAGACAUGGAUGAGGGAAGCAAUGCUGACAUUGAGUACUCAAUCGAAGCAGAUGUUGAAAACGUGGAAGAGAACUUUGAAAUCCACCCAACCGCUGGGGUCGUUACGACCAAGGAGAGCCUCAUUGGACUUGAAAAUGAGCUCUAUGCAUUCUUCGUGAGGGCGAAGGAUACGGGGAAUCCCCCCAAACAUUCUGUCGUCCAGGUUUACAUCCGGAUUGUUGCGCCAGAAACGCCCGUUCCUAAAUUUGCUGAAACGCAUUACCGCUACACAAUUGCUGAAGACCUUCCCAUUGGCACGGAGAUCGAUGUCAUUCAGGCUGAGAGCGAGCAACCAGUCGUUUACAGCCUCGUGAAGGGCAACACUCCCGAGAGCAACGAAGAUGAGGUUUUUGUUGUCGACAGAGACAGUGGAGCCUUGAAGCUUCAGAAAAGCCUCGACCACGAGAUGACCAAAUGGUACCAGCUCACGUUGCUUUCCCAAACCAAACAGGAGAACUAUGAGAUAGUAGCCUCCGUGAAUGUUAACAUCCAAGUGAAAGACCUGAACGACAACAAACCUGUCUUUGAGUCAAACCCUUACGAGGCUGUCGUUGUGGAAAACCUUCCGAGUGGGACUCAAGUGAUCCAAGUCAAAGCCACCGACCAAGACUCGGGCACCAACGGCCAUGUUGUUUACAGCCUCGACCCCAAGCAGAACUCGCAGGAGAUCGCCGAGCUGUUUGCUGUUAACAGUGAAACCGGAUGGGUGACCACCUUAAAAGAGCUGGACCGUGAAAAGACCAACAAGUACACGAUCGACGUCCUCGCCACAGACCAAGGCGACAAAGUCCAACACAUGAACGGCACCAGAGUGGAGGUAACCGUCGCCGAUGUGAACGACAACCCGCCCCGCUUCACCGCAGAGAUCUACAAAGGCACAGUUAGUGAAGAUGACCCUCCACCCAGCGGGGUUAUCGCCAUCCUCAGCACCACGGAUGAUGAUUCUGAGGACAUCAACAAACACGUGAACUACUUCAUCACAGGAGGGGACUCACUUGGCCAGUUUGCCAUCGAACACAUUCAGAGCGAAUGGAAGGUCUCUGUCAGGAAGCCCUUGGACCGUGAAGAGAAGGACAAUUACCUCCUUAACAUUACAGCCAGCGAUGGCAUCUUUACUGCCAAAGCCGUGGUAGAGGUCAAGGUGCUGGAUGCCAAUGACAACAGCCCUGUAUGCGAAAAGUCCCUGUACAGCGAGCGAGUCCCAGAGGACUCCCCCGCCGGCAGGCUCGUCUUGCAGGUCUCUGCGACAGAUGCUGACAUCCGCUCAAACGCCCAAAUCUCUUACGAGCUCCAGGGAGUUGGAUCUGAACUCUUCAUCAUUGACUCUGAUACAGGCGAGUUGAAGACGUCACAGCCCCUGGACCGAGAGGAGCAGGACGGGCACAGGUUCAAAGUGCGGGCGGUGGACGGAGGAGGGCGCUACUGCGAGGCCGACGUCCACAUCACCGUGGAGGACGUCAACGACAACCCGCCCCAGUUCUCGUCUGAUCCCUACACCAUUACGGUCUUCGAGAACACGGAGGUGGGCACUUAUGUGGCCAAGCUGCUGGCUAACGACGUUGAUUCUGGUCUCAACAGCGACAUCCUCUACUCAUUGGUCAAUUCUGCCGACGGCAUCUUCUCCAUCGAGGAGCACAGCGGCGUGAUCAGCCUGGAGCGCGCCCUCGACCGCGAGGUGCAGUCGACGUACGAGCUGAAGGCCCGCGCCAGCGACCGGGGCUCCCCGCGGCUCUCCUCGCUGUGCCUGGUGGUGAUCUCCGUCCUGGACAUCAACGACAACCCGCCGGUGUUCGAGCACCGCGAAUACACGGCCGCCGUGUCCGAGGACGUGGCGCCGGGCACGCAGCUGCUCCGAGUGCAGGCGGCCAGCCGGGACACGGAGGCCAACGGAGAGAUCUCCUACGGCAUCAUCAGCGGGAAUGAGCACGGCAUGUUCAGCGUGGACUCGCGCACGGGUGACAUCUUUGUGAUUGAGCCGUUGGACUUCGAGGUCUCCCACGAAUACUACAUCACCGUCGAGGCUACAGACGGUGGCUCGCCGCCGCUCAGCGACAUGGCCACCGUGAACAUCAACCUGACCGACGUCAACGACAACAGGCCCGUCUUCAGCCAGGACAUCUACACGGGCGUCGUCAGCGAGGACACGGAGCUGGGGAAGGCCGUGAUGGCGGUGGUGGCCGAGGAUCUCGACGGGCCUUCCUUCGAUCACGUGCGCUACGCCAUCGUGGACGGUAACCAAGGCAGCCCCUUCACCAUCGAUCCGCUCAGAGGAGAGCUUAAAGUUGCUCGCCAGCUGGACAGAGAGCGAACUUCAGGGUACACUCUGAUGGUGGUGGCCUCAGACAACGGGUCCCCUCCGCUUUCCAGCAGCGCCGUGAUCAACAUCGACAUCUCGGACGUCAACGACAACCCGCCGCUUUUCUCCCAGGCCAACUACAGCCUCAUCAUCCAGGAGAAUCAACCAAAAGGCACAAGUGUUCUUCAGCUCGCCGUAACCGAUCGGGACGCUUCCCACAACGGCCCGCCUUUCACCUUCGCCAUCGUGGAUGGGAACGAGGGCGACGCUUUCCACAUCAAUCAGCAGGGAGCUCUAGUGGCCGUGGGGGCGCUGAACAGGAAAAGCAAAGAACACUACCUGCUUCAAGCACAGGUGUCGGACAGCGGCAAACCGCAGCUCUUUUCCGCCGCCUUCAUCAGCGUGCGCGUAAUCGAGGAGAGCGUCUACCCUCCCGCCAUCCUCCCACUUGACAUCUUCGUGACCACCGCUGGCGACGAAUACCCCGGAGGAGUGCUGGGCAAGAUCCACGCCACCGACCAGGACAUUUACGACACCCUCACGUACAGCCUCGCCCCUCCUUCCGCCGCGUCCUCGGACGAGAGCGGCGCCCUGUUCUCGGUCUCCGCCUCCGACGGAAAGGUGAUCGCCCUGCGGCCCCUCGACGUGGGCCACUACCCUCUCAACGUGACGGUGACCGACGAGCGCUUCACCACGGCGGCCGACGUCACCGUGCACGUGAGGCAGGCGACCCGCCAGGCUCUGGACAAUUCCAUCGCGGUGCGCUUUGCCAAUAUCGCCCCCGAGGUGUUUAUCGGGGACUACUGGCGCAACUUCCAGCGGGCGCUGAGAAACAUCGCUGGCGUCAGGAGGAGCGAAGUCCAGCUCGUGAGCCUGCAGCCUUCAGAGCAAGGAGAUCUGGAUGUGCUGCUGGCUCUGGAGAGGUCUGGGAGUCCAUACCAAUCUCAGGAGGUCGUCUUCCACAAGUUGAACUCCUCUGCAGCCGUGAUCGAGGAGAUGACGGGGGUUCGCAUCGUGCGGGUGGUGCAGAAGCUGUGUGCCGGUCUGGACUGCCCCUUAAGCUUCUGCGAUGAGGUCGUCUCGCUGGACAAGACCGCCGUGUCCACGUACAGCACGGCUCGCCUCAGCUUUGUGUCCCCGCGACACCUGAGGAAUGCCACCUGCCAGUGCGAAGGUGGCAGGUGUCCCAUGCUGAACAACUUGUGUGAGAACCACCCCUGUCCUGAAGGUCUGGCGUGUGAGGCAGAUCCCAGAGAUACCGUGUACAGCUGUGUGUGUCCGGAGGGCAAAAAGGGCAAAUGCUCCGACGGCCACUCGCUGACGUUCGGCGGCAGCAGCUAUGUGAAAUACCGUCUGAUGGAGAAUGAGAACAAGGAGCUGAUGAAACUGUCUCUGCGGCUGAGGACCUUCUCCAGCCACGCCACCGUCAUGUAUGCCAAGGGAACCGACUACAGCAUCCUCGAGAUUGUGAACGGCCGGCUGCAGUACAAGUUCGACUGCGGCAGCGGCCCCGGCCUGGUGUCGGUGCACAGCGCGCAGGUUAACGACGGGGAGUGGCACACGCUCACGCUGGAGGUGGACGGCAACUACGCCAAGCUCGUGCUGGACCGGGUGCACGCCGCCUCGGGCACGGCACCGGGCACCCUGCGAACCCUCAAUCUCGACAACAGCAUUUACUUCGGGGCCCACGUGCGCCAGCUCGCCGCGGCGCGCCACGGCCGCAGCCUGCCCGUCACCAACGGGCUGCGCGGCUGCCUGGAGGGCCUCAGCCUGAACGGCCAGGAGCUGCCUCUCAACACCAAAGCUCGCCGGGCCCACGCCGUGCUGGAGGACAUCGUGGACGUGACGCCGGGCUGCGCCCUCGCACCCGUUGAGAGUUGUUCCAGCAACCCCUGCACCAACGGAGGGAGCUGCACCUCGCUGCCCAAUGGAGGCUACUUCUGUAAGUGUCCUGCCUCUUUCAUGGGCUCCCACUGUGAGAUCGGCAUCAGCCCUUGUGCCUCCAACCCCUGCCUGUACGGGGGCACCUGUGUGCCUCGCACAGACAGCUUCUACUGCCAGUGCAGAGGGCAGUACUCAGGACAACGGUGCCAGCUGGGGCCGUACUGCCGAGACAACCCCUGUCAGAACAGCGGGAAGUGUAUCGACAGUCUGGAUGGUCCGGUGUGCGAGUGUGAAUCCGGCUUCCAGGGAGACAGGUGCCUGAGCGACGUCGACGAGUGCAUCAAGAACCCGUGUGCCAACGGAGGCCAGUGCCAGAACACGUACGGCUCCUACAAGUGCAACUGCUCGCUGGGUUUCAACGGGCAGAUGUGCGAACUCCGCGCCGAGGUGCGCAACGAGUUCGUCUCCACCUCCUGGAACAUCGGCCUGGAGGAGGUGAUCGGCAUCGUCGUCUUUGUGUCCAGCAUCUUCAUCCUGGUCCUCCUCUUCAUCAUCAUCCGCAAGAGGGCCUGCCGCAGGAAGUCGAAGGCCGACGGCGACGACAAACACCUGGGCGGUUCGGGCGUGCCUCACUCCUUCCUGCAGAGGCCUUACUUCGACGCCAAGCUCAACAAGAACAUCUACUCCGACAUCCCGCCUCAGGUCCCAGUGCGGCCCAUCUCCUACACUCCCAGCAUUCCCAGCGACUCGAGGAACAACCUGGACCGGAACUCGUUCGAGGGCUCGGCCAUCCCCGAGCACCCGGAGUUCAGCACCUUCAACCCGGACUCCGUGCACGGACACCGGAAGACCGUCGCCGUGUGCAGUGUGGCGCCCAACCUCCCCCCGCCCCCUCCCUCCAACUCCGUCUCAGACAGCGACUCCAUCCAGAAGCCAAACUGGGACUACGAUUAUGACACUAAAGUGGUGGACUUGGAUCCGUGUCUGAGCAAGAAGCCCGCGGAGGACAGCGCCUGCCACCCCUACAACACCAGGGGCAGCAUGUCUGAGGUCCAGUCCCUCAGCUCCUUCCAGUCAGAGUCCUGCGACGACAACGAGUCUUUUUUGGCUCAUGAUCUCAACAACCCAAGAGGAUAUCACUGGGACACAUCUGAUUGGAUGCCAAGUGUUCAACUUCCUGGAAUCCAGGAGUUUCCCCAGUAUGAGGUUGUGGAGUCGCCCGCCCCUCUGUACAGUGACCCGAGUGCCAUCGACACCGACUACUAUCCCGGCGGCUUCGACAUCGAGAGCGACUUCCCUCCGCCGCCGGAGGACUUCCACGCAAACGACGACCUGCCGCCCCCACCGCUGCCGGAGUACGGCGACACGCUGCGGCCCGCAGGCCGAGAUUUUGACCAGUCUGCGACCGGUCCGGGCAGCCCGGCCGGGGUCCGCCAGCGGCCGGCGCUGCCGCAGCUCUACAACCUCAACCAGUACCUGCCACAGCACUCCUACCCGAGCGACGGGGCCGACACCGAGGGCCGCGGGGCCACUUCCACCUCAGGCGCCACCAGCCCGGCUUCCACCUUGGGCACCGGUGGCUUCAGAGGGGGCUAUCCUUUAGGUUGUAGUCGGGACUUUGACUCCUCAGCUCUGGACAACAUGUCCUUGUCUCUGUACACAUCCACAGCCUCCUGCUCGGACAUGUCCGCGUGCUGCGAGGAGUCCGAGGUGAUGAUAAGCGACUACGAGAGCGGCGACGAGGGCCACUUCGAGCAGCUGGUCAUCCCGGCGCUCGACUCCCAACAGCACACUGAAGUCUGACACUGGAUCCAAACAAAAGUGCCUGAACCCCACAGCCACACGUUAUGUACCCCCCCCCCCCCCUCACUAAACACACACACACACGAUAAAUUGAAUCCAAACACAGGGGGUUGUUGAGACGGGUUGUGAAGGCCAAUCGGCUGAGAAGAUCCCAUGAAGCUAUCGGAGAGACUCUGUAGCAUCUUAACUCCUCCCCUUCUGAGUCGGCAGUGCCAUUGCUUUCAGUGACAUCACACACAGGAAGCGGAUGGUCUGAAGGGUCAACAUUUCAAUGUACAACAUGAAGAGCAUCAUGAGAAGAAAAGAAGAAGAAGAAGAAGAAAAAAAAAUGAACAUUUCACAACAAUAUCUCUGUUUCUAUAAAAUACAACCAAGCAAAAUGUUUUUAUACAAGUCCUCAUUUUCAAUGUAAAUUUAAAUGUACAGUUUUGAUUUCAAAGUUUACUAGGUUUUGUAGAUAUUCUAUGCUUUUAUUUUCAACAAAAAAAAAAAGAGUUAGAUGGUGUGACAUUAUCAGCCUUACCGUGCUUACAUUCACAAAAAAAAAAAAGUGGAACCGUUAAAAAAAAGAGAGAAGAAAAGAGCGUGGCUUUCCAAACACAGUGUACUCGUAAAGUUUAUCGUCUCCUGCUCAUUUAAAAAAAAAAAAAAGGGUCUUCAAUGAACGACUGCAUAUUCUUGUUGUUUAUUUUUAAUUUGUUUGUUUGUAAAUUUUGACUUUGGAACCUCUUUAUUUUUCCACCAAGAAAAUGGGACCCAAUAUAUUUAUAGUGCAAAGUUAUCCACGGACACGUGACUUUUUCAGGUGUCUGUGUGUGUGUGUGAGCAAUGCUAUGGUCUCGUUAAGGUUUUUAUUGAAUACUGCCACAAGCUCACGCUUUCCUACUGGCAAUAAAUUAUUCCUAAGAAAUA